AUAUCGCAUACGUAAAUGAGCUAGUUUGGUGUUUUUACGAACGUUUGUUGGAGUAUUCGAGUUUCUUUAUACUUAGAAGGGUGCGUAUCAAAGUGAUCGCAGCACAAUUGCUCAACUUGUGCUUAUGUCUUAUUUUAACGAAUAUCUUGAGAAACGUUAUUUUUGCGGUACGUUGCUAUGUAGCACCUGUGUAAAUGAAACGACGGCGUGUAUUACGGUCGCAUGUUAAAAGUAUACCGCCUGUAGGGGCGAUGAGAAUGGCGCGCAAAUGUUGCGUGCGUAGCUGUGAAACCGACGUUCAAGAUGCGCGUGUUAAAGGAUUACCGCUUCACAAGUUUCCGAAAGAUAGUAUAUUAAGAAACAGAUGGUUGGCUAGUGGUGGAUUUGAAGCGAAUUUCAAACCUUCACCGGGUCAGGUUAUUUGUCACAGACAUUUUAAACGAGCUGAUUACGAAGCCGCUAAGGGACAUAAAUUACUCCUACGUAGAGGUAGUGUUCCAUCGGUUUUUACAGACUAUGACAAUCAUCCAGAUCCUGUGAUUAUGUCUGUCAAAUCAUCAACUUCUUAUGCACAAGAGGAUUUAGAUCUUAUUAAUUCUGAAAUUUUUAAUUUAGAACAAUCUAUAUCUCCAAUGAAUUCUGGUGCAAGAACACCAAAAUCUGAUAGUUGUGGAGAAUCUUAUUCUCGACCAGAACCAUCAACUGACUUAUUUAAUUUGCUAGAUUCAACAGAGGUAGUUAAUAGUAGAUGUAAAACUUCAAGUGUAAAAGAAGAAAUUGUACCUGCUGUGAAAUCGGAGAUAACUGAAAAUACAGAGAUGGAAGUGAACACUAUGGCAGUGCAAUUGGGAAUUGUUGAAUCUGAUGUAACAAUGAAGCAUAUACAAAAAGAUUUGACUCUUAAAGAAGAAUUAAAAGGUAUCAAAAUAGAAGAUGAAAAACCUCUUGAUAAAUCAGAAGGAUUAAAGCCAAAAAUUUUUAAUCGAGGUGGACUAACAUUCUUUCCUGGAGCCAAAUUAGAAGCAAAAGAUUUCAAUGAAAAAUGGUAUUCAGCUAAAGUAGUUGAAACUGACUGGGAUGAAAGGGAAGUCUUAAUACGUUUUGACAAGUGGAGCUCAAGAUUCGAUGAAUGGAUACCUAUGGAUAGUUCUAGGUUACGUGUAUUGCAAACACAGUUAAGUGAACAAACGUGGAACCCACCAUCUCCGGAAGCAAAAAUAAAGGACUUUUCAGUGGGAGAAAGGAUACUUGCUACAUGGGCUGAUGGCAGAAAGUAUCCAGCCAAAAUAAAUGCCAUCUUAGGAAAUGAUAGAUAUGAUGUACUAUUUGACGAUGGAUACGCAAAGACAGUUAAAUCGUCAAAAAUGACAAAAAUCGCUACAACAUUCUCAAAGCAAGAAAUAAAACGGAUAAUUUUAUUUUUAGGAAGUAAACAAGAAAGAAGGGACAAGAAGAGAAAGCAUACAGUAAUGGAGUUAUUUCAUACACAUUCUAGAAAACGUUCAAAAAAUGAAACAGACAAAUUAGCAAAAAAAGAAGGAAUUAUAAUCAAUGAAAAUACAGAAUGCUUUUCAGAAAAUAAAAUUGAUUUGGAUGGUACCUUGUUCGGACCUUGUUAUGAUCCAGGCACAGAUUUGUUACGAGGAUUUGAUACCAAUGUAUCUAAAGUGAAAACUUAUACUAAAAAGAAUAAGAAAGAAACAUCUAAAAAUGAACUAGAUCUGACAGAAGACGUGGGUCCAGAAUGGGUAGAUGGAGAACCUCAAGGAACUGAAUCUUAUAUAGUUGAUGGAAAUGAUGGGCCACGUCGAUCAAUAAUAGUGGCAGAUAAAAGGUUGCCACCAGGCUGGCAAAAACAUUUCACUCAAAGAAAAGCUGGUACAUCUGCUGGAAAAUGGGAUGUUUUAUUUUUUCAUAAAUCAAGUGGGAAAAAAUUCAGAUCAAAAAAUGAUAUUAGAGCAUUUAUGGAAAAUCAAGGACAAUUUGAUUUUGAUCCAGAAAAAUUUGAUUUUUGUAUUCAUCGGAAAAAGAAAAAUCAAACUCAAAAAGUAAAGCAAGAUGUUGUGGAUACCCCAAAAAAGAUUAAGACCUUAUUACCUAAGGCGAAAGCAACACCAGUAACUGAUAAUUCAUUACUUGUUCGUACAAAUACACCAAUUACAACUUUAGUAUCUACGUCAACUACAUCUAUUACAGGUGGUGGAGUAAUUUAUUCUGUUUUUAUUGGUGGACUUCGAGUAGAAAUGGAAGACAGUGCUUACAAAUGUCCAAAGCAAGGAUGUAGUAAAACAUUUAGAAAAGAAAAUCUUUUGCAAAUGCACAUUAAACACUAUCAUCCAGAGUACUCUAAAUUUUUGGGAUCUACACCAAAUGUUGCAGAUUUAGCUUAUGCAAGAAUGAUUGGAGAAUCUGUUGAAGAUAUUAUUCCAAAGAAAUCAAACAAUUUAUUAGAGAAGUGUAAUAAAGUUGGAAAAAGAAAAUGUAUUCAAGAUAAACCGUUAUAUGUUGCACCACCAUCUGCAACAAGUAAUAUUCAACCUAUGUCUCCAACAAUAAUUGUACCAACUAUAUCGGAAAUAGAAGAUGAGGUGGAUCAAGCAGAAAAAUGUAAUGAUGUACAAACGGAAGGUAUUAAAAUAGAGAGUAUGUCCCCAAUUUCUAGUCACAGUUUGGAUAUGGAUGAUGAAACCGAGAAAAAACGGGAAGACACAUGUGCAAUGUCGCCUGGAACGUUAUUUGAUAUGAAAAUUCGGGAAGAAAAAGUACAAAGCGGUAUUAAAACUCUUCUUCCAGUAAGGUCAGCAGCAUCUUCAGAAGUACAGAGAAUUGAUAGGUCAAAGUCUUUAGAUGAAGCUAUUCACAUCGAUAAGAUGAAAGGACAAAGGAAGCGACAAUUAUCAGAAUAUAGUUCUGAUAUAUCAAACAGGGGUAAAAAACGGCAUGGGAUUCAAGAACUUGCAGACGAGUAUGGUGAUUUGGAUGAUAGUGGCAUGGAUACAGAGGGACCAACUACACUUAUGUAUAGAUACAGCCGUAGAAAAUCAGAUUCAAGAAGUGAUGAAAAUAGUCAAAGCAGUCAACUAAACGAUUCUCGUGUUGAAAGAGAUGAUCCUUUAAAAGGGGAUACUGGUAGAAAAGAUACUAAUGAUGGGGAAGAAAAUGAAGGAAUUAUGAUGAUGAUUAAUGGUGAAAUGAUAAAAGUGGAACAGCUUCGUAGAGAAGAAAUAAUAAAUUGUACCUGUGGAUUUAUGGAAGAAGAUGGUUUAAUGAUACAAUGCGACCUUUGUUUAUGUUGGCAACAUGGUCAUUGUAAUGCAAUAGAAAGAGAAAAAGAUGUACCUGAAAAAUAUGUUUGCUUUAUUUGCCGGAAUCCAUAUCGACAACGGUCAUCCAAGAAGUAUUUUCAUGACCAGGAUUGGAUAAAAGAGGGAAAACUACCAAUGUUACCUAAUAGAACAAAGAAUCAGCACCGCGUUAAUGAAAGGACGGCUAUGUUAAAACGUUCUUAUGAUUUAGUUGCUGCCCUUUUACAGAUACAACAAGUUUUGUAUAGUUUAAGGGUAAAAAUUAAUGUAGCUCAGAAGAAAGAUCAUCCAAAGUUAUACCUUUGGGCUAAAAAUUGGGAAAAAAUUGAAGUACCAAAAUCAAAUACGAUACCAGUACCAAUUAUGGAAGUUACAAAGCCGGGAAAAGAUUGUACAGAUACUGUAGCUGAAGCGUCGCACAGAAUCGAAGUAAAAAUGGAAACAAAGUUUUGUUUAAAAGAUGAACAUGAUGAAAAAUCAAUAGCUUCGGACUCAGAAUUAAUGAAAAUUUUGGAAGAGGAUAAUACAACUCCCGAUGAGUCUAGAGUGACCUGUAAAAAAGAUUUGGUGCAUCAAAGUAAGAGUCACAUUCUUCUUGAUGUGCUUACAAAAAAUGAUGUAUCAGAAGAAAAAUAUAAGGAUUCACUAGCUUCGGAUGCAAAAACAAAUACAGAUUUAUUGACUAAUCAAACCAAUGUAUCUGAAAAUAAUACAUCUGCAUCAAUUGUAUCAGCCAAUCAUUCGCACGAAGAACUAAAUAAACACGAAAUAUCAGCACCAUUGCAACCUUUUAUACCACAGCCAGAAGCACCAAUUGAUCCAGGAGAAUGUCGAAUGCGAUUAUUAGAACACAUUGAACAUUUUCAAAAUCAUAUAGAUGCAAAAUUAACAUUUAUCGAGGCACAAGUUUGUGCUUUAGAAGCUAUGGAUCCUGAAGAUGUACCUGAUUCAGAUGUUCAGCCCCGAACUAAACAAACAGUUCAAAUGCUUCUUCGAGAUUUAAAUACAGUACGAAAAUUAGCUGCUAUAUGUUAA